AUGCGCUCGUCGACUCACACUGCUGCCGUCGUGAAUGCGAGCGGAGAUGUGGAGGUGAAGAAGAUCCCGGUACCUCACGCUGGUGAAGAUGAGGUACUGGUGAGAGUGGUAGCGGCAGCGCUCAACCCUACCGACUGGAAGACCCCAAAGAUCUGGGCGAACAAGCCGGGCACCGUUGCCGGCCAUGACUUUGCCGGAGUGGUCGAGGAACUCGGUCCCCGUUCGGGAGUCUCAAGGUGGAAAGUUGGCGAUCGCGUUGCAGCUUAUGUGAAUGGAGCACGCGCCGCGAACGGCUCGUUCGCAGAGUACGUUGUGGCGAGAGCAGACCUCUGCAUCUCUCUUCCAGAGUUGUGGACAUUCGAGCAAGGCGCACAGCUUGGUCUCGCCAUAUAUACUGCUUUCCAAACGCUCUAUCAAAGCCUCGAUCUUCCUACACCGUACGCGGAGAUACCUCAAGCAGUCUCCUUGCUCAUAUACGGAGCGUCUUCUGCGGUCGGCCUCUACGUAACCCAGAUAGCCAAGGCAUCCGGCUUCCAUGUCUAUGCCGUCUGCUCACCAAAGAACUACGAGCUCGUUACAUCACUGGGAGCACACGCUACUUUCGAUUACCGAGAUCCCGACGUUAGUAACAAGAUCAAGACCGCCUCCGAGGGCAAGAUCAAGGUGGCUGUCGACACGAUCUCCGAGCAAGGGUCUGUCAAGAUCAUUGUACCCGCUUUGUCGUCUGAGGGCGGCAAGAUCGCUACUAUCCUUCCUUAUAGCGAUGAGGACAUAGCGGCUCUGGGCCCUAAUGUCACUCAUUGGAUGUCAUCUGCGUAUGACCUGAAUGAGGACCUUCCUGGAGCUCCCUCUCGGCUCGCGGAUGCUCCUCGGUACUGUAGACUCGCCACACAAUUGCUGGCAGAGGGGAAAGUUAAACCUACUCCCAUUCGUGUCUGGCCCAAUGGCCUGUUGGGAAUCAAUGAUGCCAUGCAGUAUAUGAUGGAUGGGAAGGUUAGCGGCGAGAAGAUCGUCUUUCGUAUCGCAGAUACACCUGGCCUAGGAUGA